AUGUCCCUCGCCAAAGAGGAAAAUGGCCAAAUGGCCGAGCAAAUCAAAGUCGCGAGCACCUGGUGCGGUCCUGGGCCUGCAACCUACGACUUCCGAACAGACACCAUCACAACUCCAACCUUGUCCAUGCUGCAAGCAAUUGCCCAGACGACGCUGAUGGACGAUGUGUACCAGGAGGACCCGACCACGACGGAAUUUGAGAAGUACAUGGCUCAGCUGACGGGCAAGGAGGACAGUCUCCUGGUCAUGUCGGGCACGAUGGGAAACCAGAUCGCCCUCCGCUCGCUCUUGACGCAACCGCCACACGCCAUUCUCUGCCAUCAUCGAUCUCACAUUCUUCAAUCGGAGGCAGGCGGCUGCUCAUCUCUAUCCCAGGCGCACAUGCAGCCGUGUAUCCCGGCUAACGGACAGUACCUGACGCUCGAGGAUAUCAAGCAAACCGCGGUCAUCAGCAACAAUAUCCAUGUCUCUCCAACCCGUGUCAUCUCGCUAGAGAACACUCUGGCCGGUGUCAUCACUCCCCUGGAGGAAAUUCGUCGGAUAUCUGUGUUUGCUCGCUCCAACGGCAUCAAGAUGCACCUAGACGGUGCAAGGCUUUGGGAGGCGGUAGCUGCUGGAGCUGGCUCCUUGACCGACUUUCUAGAGUGUUUCGAUACCGCCCAAAUGUGUUUCUCCAAGGGCCUGGCCGCUCCCAUCGGAAGCAUCAUCGUCGGUCCAAAAAGAAUACUAGAGCACUGUAGAUGGGUCAGAAAAAGCAUUGGUGGAGGUAUUCGACAAGCCGGGAUCAUUUGCGCCGCGGCCCGCGUAGCGGUCGAGGAGAAUUUCGGCAAAGGCCCCAGUGGUGAAGGUGGUCAAUUGCGAGAGACGCACAAGAAGGCCAAGAUCAUCGAGGGUAUGUGGCUCAGUCGUGGCGGAACAGUCAGUCGACCCGUCGAAACCAACAUGGUCCUGUUGGAUCUGCCAUAUAGCGGCAUCACAGUGGACGAGUUUAUCCGCGCGGGUAAGGAGGAAGGGGUAAAAUUGAUGGGUGGAAGGAUUGUCGUCCACUAUCAAAUUGUCGACGAGGCUAUGGCUAGGUUAGAGAAGGUUUUUGAUCGCGUGUUGUCAGUCAAGGAGAAGCGAAAUGGGGUGAUUCAAGAGGCACAGUCUGUAUAUAGAUAA